CUAACUACGUUGUACUCAUCGUAGAAGCAAAAUGACACGCCUCUUCUUACUCGCUUUGGUCGGUCUUAGCGCCGUCUUCGGCCUAACUACGUCCGUACCAGUGGCAAGUCGGGAAGAUUUUCACCUGUGGGUGAAGGAGAACGGGAAGACAUACCAUGACGAGAAGGAGUUCGAGCGCAGGUUUGCAAUCUUCCUGCAGAACGCCCAGGAAGUAGCCGCUCACAAUGCAGGCGGACACUCCUACCAACUCGAACUCAACAAGUUUGCCGACCUGACAUUCGAGGAAUUUCGGGAUAUGAUUCUGAUGACGACACCUCAGAACUGCUCAGCCACAGGACAGAAGAAGCCGAGGGUCCAGUCCCGGGUCGGGCCCGUCCCAGCGAAGAAGGACUGGCGGGACAGACCCGGUGUGGUGUCCGGAGUGAAGGACCAGGGCCACUGCGGGUCCUGCUGGUCGUUCUCUGCAACAGGUUGUCUGGAGUCGGUAACUGCCAUCACGUUUGGUGCCGCCAUGAAUCUCUCUGAGCAGCAGCUGAUCGGCUGUGCGCAGGGCUUCAACAACCACGGCUGUGAGGGAGGCCUUCCGUCACAAGCCUGGGAGUACGUCAAGUGGACCCAAGGUAUUGAAAGCGAAAAGGACUACCCUUACACAGGCAAGGAUGGUAAAUGCGCAUUCAACAGUAGCAAGACGAUUGCUUACGUCAGAGAUGUCGUCAACAUCACCCAGGGAGACGAGGACGGAAUCCUUCAGGCAGUUGGCACGCUGAAUCCUGUCAGCAUCGCAUACCAAGUUGUUGCUGGCUUUCAGCAUUACAAGAAGGGCGUGUACUCCAGCAAACUGUGUCACCACGACCAGGAGCACGUCAAUCACGCUGUCCUGGUCGUGGGGUACGGCGAAGAUGAGUCAGGUGUUCCCUACUGGAUCGUGAAGAAUUCCUGGGGACCCAAGUGGGGCAUGGACGGCUACUUCUGGAUCGAGCGGAACAAGAACAUGUGCGGGCUGGCGGAGUGCGCCGCCUAUCCGCUGCCUCCUGAUGACAAGUGAUGUGCGGCCUAUUCAUGCAACAUUUUUUACUCCGAAUAUAUUGUGGGUAGACGGUUUUUCGUGUUCGCAGUCAAAACACUGGGUUCCCUUUGUUUAAUCGGCAUGCAAUUUUAUACGUCGUCUGCAGGCAAGCCUGUGUUGGUGCACGUGUCUUUAUUUUACCGUUGCUGUCUUCGCGGUCAGUCAUAUUUCACUAUGAUAGUAGUUAAUGUGGCUGUUGUGUAUAAUGGUUGCGAGUAUCUUUUGGGAUUGUGGUUUGCAUCUACUGACCUUGUCAAAUGAAUAAUAUGUAGUAAAUGAAAGAUAUUGUUAUGAAAACUGACUUUGUUCAUCUUUUUAGAUUGUCG